GGCAGUACCUGGUCGCUCUCUGAGGACAUUUCACCUGCGAAUUGCACUGGCCCCCGCAUCACCGAGUGGGAGGGAUCACUUCUCAUGAUUGUUGACUGCGAGAGCAGCCAGAGGGUGUACGAGUCGCGUGACAUGGGGACAACGUGGACGGAGGCCAUCGGGACGCUUCCAGGCGUGUGGGUCAACUCACAAUCGGAAGCCUCUCAGGAUUCAAGCCUGCAUGUGGAUGCCCUCAUCACCGCGACCAUUGGGAAAAGGAGGGUCAUGCUGUACACACAGAGAGGGUACGCCACGGAGGAAAACGCCAAUCCGCUCUACCUUUGGGUGACGGACAACAACCGCUCGUUUUCUGUUGGACCGGUUGGCAUGGACAGUGCUGGGAAGAAGGAGGUCGCCAGCACCCUGCUGUACUCGGAUGGCAAGUUGCAUCUUUUACAACGGAGGGUCAGUGGUGAAGGCAGUGCCAUUUCACUCUCCCGCCUGACGGAGGAACUGAAGGAAAUCGAGUCCGUCCUCAGUACUUGGUCGCAAAAGGACGUUUUCUUCUCCAGCUUUUCUAUACCCACGGCGGGUCUGGUGGCAGUUUUGUCAAACGCAUCGGCCAGUGACGACACGUGGAACGACGAGUACCUUUGCCUGAAUGCGACGGUGACGAACGCCACGAAGGUCAAGGAUGGGUUUCUGUUGACGGAGACUGACUCCAGGGUAAUGUGGCCUGUGAACACUCGGGGUGAUAAUGUGCGUCAUGUGUUUUUGAACCACAACUUCACACUUGUGGCGUCGGUGACCAUCGAAGAGGCUCCGAGUGAGAAAACUCCUCUCCUGACUGCGCUGUUGGGUGACGCUGAGCCCCCGUAUUUCAUGAGACUGUCGUACACCGCGGAUAACAAGUGGGAGACGAUUUCCAAAGGCGAUAAAAAACUAACAACGGAAAGCAGGCCUUGGGUGCCGAAGAAAGAACACCAAGUGGCACUCAUGCUGCAAGGCAACAAGGCCUCUGUGUACAUUGAUGGUGAGUCGCUGGGGGAAGAAGCGCCGUUAACAGUUGAGACACCACUUGAGCCCUUUGGGUUUUGCUUUGGCGCGUGCGACUUUGAUGAUGAUGAUGAUGGUGGUGAUGAUGAUGAUGAGGAGGACAGUCAGGAGGAGUCCAGUCCGAAGGAGUCCAGUCCGGAGAAGAUCGGCAAAAAACCUCAUGUGACGGUGACGAACGUCUUUCUGUACAACCGCCCACUGAAUCCCACUGAGAUGCGUGCAAUCAAGGACAGGAUCCCCGUUUCGACGAGAGCUCCAGAACCACAAGUGAAAAUUGCUCCCAAACCUGUCGCACCUGCUGCACCUGCUGCACCUGCGGUGCCUGGCCCACGGGAAGUACCAGCAGCACCGGGGAGGACAACUGUGGGGAGAACCGCCAAUACCCAACAUGCGCCAGCGGGACGCUUGACUUCUGCUGGGAAUGAGGGGACGGCACGAGAAAAGGGUGAUGGUGGGGCAAAUGGUGAUGCUGGUUCCGCGUACGGGAGGGUGCUGCUGCCGCUGCUGCUUCUGCUGGGACUGUGGGGCUUUGCGACUGCGUGA